CCAGGAAACGAUGAUGGUGAAAGAUUGAUGCCAGUCGUAACUAUGGAUGACACUUCACUUCACCAUCGAUGGAUGCUGUCCAGUAAAUAUUUAAAUAUUUUUUCGCCAACUCCAAGCACCAGUACUCAACAGUACUGUUUGGCGGCCUUGAACGGUUCCUAAUCUCUGUGCACAUAUUAUAUAAUGAAACUGUCUGCGUAACAGUACUUUAUAGAAUCACUUCACUGGCAUUUUAAAAAAAAUAUUUUAGCAAUGGCAAACCUAAUUUACACAGGGUUCAAAUCACCCUAGCCAGUCACGAAUUUAAUUAAUUUAUAACUUUUUUUUUACAAAUUGAUAUUGGAGACAAAAAUUCCUUAACACCGCUCUGGUGACAAGCAGCUGAUCGUACAAAAUGGAAAGUAAACAAUGGCAAUUAACUUCAAGAAAUUCUGUGUAACUGUGUAAAAACAAGAUUACAUUUGGAGUACAAAUACCAAUACAAAUACAAAAUUCAUUAUUUUUUUUACUAUUAGUACUUAGUAUUAUUUACUAUUCUAUGGCUCACUAUGCAAAGAAAGUGUAGAAGUGUAAAUAAAGUUAAAGUUAAAGCCGCACAGUUUAAUUUAUAAGUAGUAGGCUUGGAUUUAAUAAUUAGGCCUACCUAAAUUACAUUCAUACAAAUUAAAACCGACUAUGUUACUAUGUAGGGAAAUUAAUUUUUUUAAAGUAUUCGAAUUGAAUGUUGAAGAAACUUCAAAUUCAAUGUUUUAUUUUUUAUUAAUAAUUAAUUUUGAUAAAAAAAUGCAAAUUAAAUGUGUUGCAGUUUCAGUUGCAUAUGACUGGUGUGGCUACUUACUUUCACAACCAGCCCUCACCCUACUUAAAAUGUUUUAUAGUAAUAGUUUAAUAAUAGUACUGAGUGAAAAAAAAAAAGCUGUCAUGAGCAUCAUGCAUGAUGGUUCAACUCCGGUAAAAAGGUUGAAUAUUUUUGAAGGCGACAGUUAUAUUUAUCAAUAAAAAGCCAUGGGUAAGGUGUAAGACUAUUGUUUAAAGGCCAGCAAAUAUUAUAGAAAAUGAGAAUGAGAAGUUAAAUUUUUUUUUUUGGCUACUCCUAGUUACGAUUGCCACGAUUUAUUUUCCAGGGUGUGACGUCCCUUUGUUUAUUUUUACUAAUUUAUUUUAGGUAUCGAUUUAGGGUUCAGGUUAGGCAUAGGGAUCGAUUUAGGGUUCAGGUUAGGCAUAGGGAUCGAUUUAGGGUUUCAGGUUAGGCAUAGGCAUAGAUGACUUCACGGGAUGUGUUAACCAAGAUGGCGGCCAUUGAGAAAAUAGUGGCAAUCGUAGUCAAAAUUUACCUCUUUUUUUUUUUGAAAAACUUGGACACGGUGUAAAAAACUAACCCCAGUUAAGCCCUACUACAUUAUAACAUUGUUGGAAAAAAAUAAUAAAGAAUAAAGCCUAAAUUAAUAUUAAUAACUUUAUAAUUUUAUACGAGGCAUACUGGCUACUCAUUUAAAAUUCAAAAAUUAUAUUAUAAUUAUUAUAACAAUAAGAGGCUAGGCUUAUAUCACUCAGGCCUCAUAGUUUCCCAAACAUUAUAGUUCCAGAGUGCACACAUUUUUGGGGGGUCAAACUUUGCUGCACUUUGCACAACACUAAAAGUUUACUUACAGAGACAUGAAAAAAUUAGAUAAUAUAUUGACUGUAAGCCUAAUUAUAUUUACAGUAUACUCCUAUAUUGCCCAAUAAUGGGCAUCAUCAUAGUGCUGCAAAGUGACAUAGAAUGACAGAUUAAAACAAAGCAGUGCAUGUCAAUAAAGUUUUCAUAAUUUUUUUUCAACAGUUGUAACCUCAGACUCAUACUUAUCAAAAUGUAUUAUUUUGUUUAAUUGACUGAAAUUCUGAGAAAUAAUGUUCAAACAAUCAAGAUACUCAAAGCUAGAUGUACCACAAAAAAGAGCAAAUUACUUCUACUGUGUCCGGGUAACAAAUCCAGAGAUCCAUGACUCUAUAUUAACCGCCUUGGAAUGGAUUGUUGACAAGGAAGCUCAGUAUGAAGACUUCUGCUACUCAAAAGAGAUACUGCAGGUUACACUUUGUGAAGUGAGUCUUUAUAUUAAAAAUGUGCUAGCUUAAUAAAAUACUUAAGUACUGUUAAAGUUAAGGAAUAUGCCAACAAAUGAUAGGCAUGGGGAUAAGUAGUGAAGAAAAAAAACUAAGGAUUUUUUUAGAAAUUGGAUCAUUCAUCUCAAAAGGGGAAAAAUGAUUCUUCUCAUAAAGGGAAAAAAUGGAAUAAUUUAUUAAAUGAAAAAAACAAAUAAAGCAAGGAAAUACUUUUAUAAAUUACAGCACUAAAAAAAUUAUGUUCAAUCACAAUCAUUAAGUCUUGUAAUUUUAAACAACACUAUAGUACUAGUAUUUGUAGAGUACCCUUCAACUUGAUCAUAAUAUAUCAAUAAUAUCAUGUGCUUGAUGUUAGCAAUGGUUAAUUCUUGAUUACUUUGCUAAUGACUCACAGAAAUGAUUUUGACGUUGUCAUUGUUGAGUAUUUUUACAAAAUUAACUUUAUUUUAAAUAUUUUUGUCUAAACAGGGGAAACAAGGUAAACUUAUCUUGUCUUGCUCUCAGAAAUUUAAUAUAUUGAAAAGAAAGUUUGAACUUGGUGUUCAAUAUUUUAAUUUUUAAAAGAUGCACAGUUUUUUUUUUGUAUAAAUGAUGCAUUUUUUUCCAUUUAUGUAAUCGUACUUGAUUUAUCAUUUACCCGGUUAUAUAAAUGGGUAAACUUCUGGUGAAAACACGAUUCAUAUCUCCUUCAUUUUUCCUGUCAAAAAUACAUUUUAUUGUUUUUCCAUCAAAACUUAUGGAUUUACCCCAAAACUUUUUUCUGCAGUAUUGUGAAAUUUAUCCAUGGCUACAGUUCUUAAAAUAUAUUUGCAUCAUAUUAUUAUCUUCCCUAUGAAAAACAAGAAAAACUGAAUUUUGGGGGUUUGUGCUGAAAAUUUGAUAGAAUUUGUUGUCAUCGGCAAUGGAACUUUGUGCAAAGUUUUAGCUCAAUGGGCAUAUAUUAUGGAGAAUGGGUUGAUUAGGAUUUUGCCACAAAGAAACACACAAACAAAAACAUAGUUAAAAUAAUGGAUUUAAUUCCCUUUGAAAAACAGGAAAAACUGAGCGUGGGAGAUGGGGCUGAAAAUUUGAUAGAAUGUGUUGUAUAAGUCAAGUUUCAGUUCAAUAGAGGAUGAUAGGAAGUGGCUUAAUUAGCCUUGCCACAAGGAAACACAUGAACAAAAACGAAGUUCAAAUAAAAGAUUUUAAAAUUUGGUCCAUGCUAAAUUGGGGGCAAAAGUGGGAAUAAGCCCUGUUCCUAUAUCAAGGGGCAUCACAAACAACAUUAUUCAUGCACACUAUAUAUUUAAGGUAAAUUUAUGUAUAAAUGUAUACAUAUAUAAAUUUUGUGAAAGGGAUAAGACAUGUGAUUAUUGUGAGAUUUUCAUUAAAAAAUAUUCUUACAUUAUACUCAGGUGUGUCUAGAAACAGAAGAUGAUAUUACAAAAGCAAGAAUGGCUCUUCUUGGUGUGUCAGACCUGCUUGGACAAAAUCUUCCAAAAGCUAAACUCCAGAUAAAGGGCUUAACUACUUUGAAUGACAAAGUUUUAGUUGCAGAUGUGCAAUAUGGUGAGGACUUUAGGUACGGGUUCUCUAUCAAAUAAUAUAAAACUAAAAACCCAAUAGAGUGACAUGGAUUUUUUAUUCAUCGUUAAAAAUUAAAAUGCAACAAAUUACUGGAAGUUUAUCAUUCAUUCAAUGAAUUAAUAUAAAGUUGGAAAGUGGAAUGCAAAUAAUGAAGAAUAAAUUAUGAUUUUGGCAGGAAAAAUAACUCUAAAAUAUUAACUUAGAAUUAUAUCAUUAUAGUCUAUAUUGCUGAAAAUUUCAUUGCAUUAGGCUCAUUAGCAUUAUUAGUUUAAAAGUUAUCUAUCUUAAUGUAAAAAGGUCUCGGCCGCUGUCACUUUCAUGAAAUAUUUUUUCUAAUGCCUACUUUUUUCUGAUCUGCAUUACAUUUAUUUUAAAUUUACCCUACUUUUAGAUGGACAUUAUCUGUUUGUAUUGAACAUUUUAUAGCAAUAGCUUUAAUGGUUUAGUAAUUAUGUCAUUUUUUUUAACAAAUAAAUUUUUCGACAAUUGUUGUUAUCCACGCCAUAUGCUCAUAAAGUCAUAUUUAAUUAGAUAUAAUAAGUUAAUUCACAAUUUAUUCUGUUAAACAUUGUAUUUUAAAUGUCUCCUCCAAAUUUGAGAGCUUUAACUUUAAUAGUCAAAAAGAUACAAGCAAAAUAGUACAAAAAGAGUAAUAAUGCCAUCACAGUUUUAAAAAUUAAAUACAAAGCUGAAUAGUGGGGAAAAAUAAAUCAUUAAAAAAUUCAUAACUUUUCUCCUUUAAGUGAUAGAAAGAUUAUCUUGGUGUCAUUGGAAAGCUUAAAGCCAGCUCUUUCUUUCCUAUGAUAUGGUCUAUGUCUCUGUCAGAUGCAUUUGAAAAUUUGAGUUGGAGUACCUAAUAUUGUUUAUAAUACUACUUAUUUUAGAAGCAGAUCAAUUUUAAGUUUACAUCAGUAAAGAUCACCUUGUUAUAUUUAAAAAGAGUAAAAUGGAUUAGUUAUUUAUAUUUAAUAUACUAAACUAUUAAUACUAUGUUGAUCAAAUUCAUUUUUUUUAACAGACACUUUGCUGAUUUACUGACAUCAAAAAUAAAAGACGCUGGUGUCAAUGUUAUUCAGGAUAAUGACUAUAGAGCUCAUAUGACAGUUAUGAGAGUAUGUUGAUUUCUUUUGAGCGAUAAACUGUUAUUAAACCAGCUCUGUACAGAAUAUUUGUGUAUACUGGUACCGGUAUCAAUAAAUAUUGCCUUAACCCUUAUCUAUUUAUACAUUUCUCUUUUAUUGGAUAAAAACAUAAUGAGACUAAUGACUAUUCUUUCAGGUUACUAGUUCAAAAGCAAGGAAAGCAAAAGUUGAAAAAAUUAAUCCAUGGAUUUAUGUGAACCUCAAAAAGACACAUUUUGGUGAUCAGAUGGUGAAUUCAGUUCAUCUCUGUAAAAUGGGAUCUGAAAGGCGGGAUUAUGAUGGCUUUUAUGAAACACCUGCAGAAAUCAUCUUUAGAACUGAAGAGUAACAAGCUUACAAAAAAUUCACUGGUGAGCACCUUGUGGACAGAUGUGACAAGUGGGCACAUGCUACUGACCAGUUAGAGUUAAGGAGAGAUCGUAGGAAAACUUAAUAUUUUCGGGGAAUGAUGAAAACUCAAGUUUCAUUUGAUUCAGACAAAGUCCAAGAAGUCAUGCAUUUUAAGCAAGAUUAUGCGUUUAAAAAAUGCAUCCCACUUCUUUUUUUUAAAAAAAAAGCCAAGAAAGAAUGCAACGAUUACCUGUAAUGAACACACAGAACAGAAUGAAUGAGAAUAGGCUUAAAUCUGUUAAAGAUAAUGUGAUAUAUUACAAACCACUCCUAGUUAAUAGAAUAGCAUGUUGCAAAAUUUAAAAUUUGAAAUUCAUCAAGGUCAGUCAACUGAACACUAUUAUUCAGGCAGGCUUUUCCUGUUGUAAUUAUAUUAAUGAAGACAUUUAUAGGUUUUUUUUUAGGCAUUUAUCUUUAAUUGUGGCAAGAGAAAUCAAAAACUAAUUACAGUAUGUAAGAGAGUUCAGGAUGUUAGAGAUUGAUUUGAAGGGAAAAAUUGAUACAUGAAUUGAGUUGAUUUUACUCUUGUAAUAUUAUUUAAUGUGCUAAUUCUUAUUGCCAUGAGCAUUGUUAUCAAGGUUGAGUUAGUCAAAUUUUAGUUCUUUAAUUUUUAAAAAAUAUUUUUUGCUGGCAUCGGUCCGUCACAAUGGGACGAUGGAGUGAGCUUCGGAGGACGAAAUCCACAUGGCCUGGGAUUAUACUUCAAGGAUUAUAAGCUGGUUCCCAACAGCAAAUCGCCUCUCUCCACGCUGCUGGGUAACCCAAGAGAACAUCAUUGGAUGAUACAGCUUGGCACCAGUGACGUCGCAGGAGUUGUCGGAUUUGCUCAGUUUAGACCACUCGGCCACCCAGCACCCAUUUUUAAAUAUAAGACAAAUGAUACAUUUGU